AUGUUUUAUAACGCAUUUGUCAAGAUAAACCCUCAAUGCACACGAAGAGUUGUAAAUUGCCUUCUUAGAAAAGAAACUUCAUUAAUCAGUGCAUUUCCGAAAAAUUCUUACAGAUACGCAAGUAAUGAAAAAAAACCUAGAGCCCCGGGUAAAGGAAUUGGACCCGUAUCAUGGAAGAAUCUAGCAAUUACUUCAGCAUUAGGCGCCGGAUUAUUAAGUUUCCUGUGGUACAUGAAGAAGGAAAAGGAGGAAGCGCAAAUGAAGGAGAGACAGCGCAUUUUAGGCAAAAUUAGCAUUGGUGGCAAGUUCGAAUUGGUCGAUACUAAAGGAAACCUUCGCAGCAGUGACGAAUUCUUGGGAAAAUGGUUACUAAUUUAUUUCGGCUUUACGCACUGCCCUGAUAUAUGUCCCGAUGAAUUGGAGAAAAUGGCCGAAGUGAUUAACAUUCUCGACCAAUCGGAAGAAAUGCCCAAAAUUCAGCCAAUUUUCAUAUCGGUAGACCCGAACAGAGAUACCCCAGAAGUGGUCGGUAGAUACUGUGCAGAGUUCAGUCCUCGACUGUUGGGAUUGACCGGGAACGAGGAACAAGUCGGAAAAGCUUGUAAAGCAUACCGAGUGUACUUCAGUGCUGGACCGAAGGAUAGUGACAGCGAUUACAUCGUUGAUCACACAAUCAUUAUGUAUUUAGUUAAUCCAGAAGGUCAGUUCGUAGAUUACUACGGCCAAAAUCGGUCUGCGCUUGAAAUUUCCACGUCUAUUAGAGUUAAUGUUUCAAAGUAUGUCCUAAACAAGUAA